AAUAAAGGUCAUCGUGCAUCCCCAUCCAAGUUACAGCUGUGCCUAAAUCAGGUAAUUUAUCUGGGUUUUGUAAUUCGGCCUGGGGAGCGUUUAUUAUCUCCCGAUAGAGUGCGGGCAAUCCAGGAUUACCCGCGCCCGACAACAAAAAGACAGUUACGGGCUUUCUUAGGGGCUGCCGGCUUUUGUCGACCUUGGAUCGUGGGGUUUGGAGAACUGGUAAAACCCCUGGUCCAAGCUACCACGUCAUCAACCCUCGACCCGAUUUCCUGGACUAUGGAGAGGGAGACUGCCUUUACUGCGGUUAAAAAGGCUUUGGUUACGGCACCCGCCUUGGGAUUCCCGGACUACGGUAAACCAUUUUUUCUUUUUAGUCAUGAACAACAGGGGGUGGCUAGUGGAGUCCUCCUACAAUAUCUUGGAGACCGCCCACGCCCCAUAGCUUAUUAUUCAGUACAGCUGGAUCCUGUUGUCCGGGGCUCUGUUUCCUGUGUGCGGUCGAUUGCCGCAGCGGCAAUCAUGGUUCACUUUUUCAAACUAAAUCCAUUUAAAAUUCAGUUUGAAAGUGACAACCUAUAG